AGACCUGAGUCACAACCGCCUCAAGAUCUUGGGGGCGAAGCUGUUCUCAGGGCUCACUGGGCUGCGGUACCUACAAAUGGACGGCAACCUGAUCAGCUGCAUCGACGAGCAGGCCUUCAGAGGCCUCACCUUCCUCGAGAUCUUGACAAUGAAGGACAACAACAUCACGACGCUGUGGAGCGGCACGUUCGACCACACCCCGCGACUGCGCGCCCUACGCAUCUCAGGCAACCAGCUGAUCUGUGACUGUCAGCUGGCCUGGCUCGGCCGCUGGCUGGCGUCAGCACCGCAUCUUGCGCCCUACAUCAGGUGCUCGUCCCCCAGCAGGCUUAGGGACAGGAUCCUCACCGACGUCGCCCAGAGCGAGUUCAAGUGUGCAGGUCUAGUAUCGUCGAGCGCUCCCCGUGAGUGCACCCUGUCGCCCGUGUGUCCCCGCGGGUGUUUGUGCGGCCAGGGCAUCGUUGACUGCAGGGACACGGGGCAGCAGCGCGUCCCCACACACAUCCCCGACGACACCAUCGAACUGCGACUGGAGCACAAUCAGAUCGUCGAAGUUCCAUCGAAAGCCUUCGCCGCGUUCCGUUUAUUGAAACGCAUUGACCUGAGCAAUAACGAGAUCGCCUCCAUUGCCGACGACGCCUUUCAUGGCCUGCGAAGUUUGAAUUCCAUUGUUUUGUACGGGAACAAACUGACGGAGAUAUCCGAACACGUCUUCCGAGGGUUAACAUCUCUGCAGCUGCUGCUGCUGAACGCGAACAAGAUUGAAUGCGUCCACGCAAACGCCUUCAGAGAUCUCGUCAGCCUAAAGGUUUUGUCCCUGUACGACAACAACAUCAAGACGAUGAGCAACGGCACCUUCGCUUCCAUGCACAUAGUGCACACUAUUGCACUAGUUUCACGUUAUACCACCACCCUACGCCUCAGCAAGAAGCCCAUCGCUAAGAUGCACCCUGACUCCUUCAAGUGCAGCACGGAGCUGCGCGCGCAGCACGCUGGCCGCUGCGCCGCGUCGCUGCCUUGCCCCACCCCCUGCACCUGCGACGCUACGCGGGUAGACUGCUCUGGCCGGGCCCUCUCUGCCCUGCCCACUCUGCCUGCCCACACAACCCACCUGGACCUGAGUUACAAUGAGCUGCACGGGGCCCCGCUCUCGGUAGCCGCGCUGCCGCGGCUGCAGCAUCUCGACGUCUCGCACAACAGACUCUCCCUGCUGCCUCUGGCGCUGCUCAACGCUGCACCUAACCUCAGAUCUCUGGUGCUGUCCAAUAACCACAUCUCGUGUGUAUCCGAACGCAUCGUGCAGAAGCUACCCAACCUACAGAGACU